ACAUGGAAAUCAUUUUAUACAGUAAAACAAAGUUUAACAGUCAGAAUCAUGUUAUGAUCAAGCCAACUCCAUCCUGUGAUGCGUCUUUGAGGAAUGGUAAAGUAAAGUCAGUUUGUUUUAUACCCUGUGGCUGGCUUGAAUUAACAUUUUGUCCAAAGCCCCACCCUUAUGAGACCCCAAACUGAGCCAAUGUAUGCACCUUUUACAAAUGCUGGAGUUUGGGGUUAAUUAGUUCUAAUAAAACCUGUGGAUUGGAAACAUGCUGCCUGUCUGCCAAACUGUCUUAGCUCCAUUUGAAGCUGUUAAAUCCAAUAAGAAGUGUGAAUGACUUUAAUUAGUGCAAUCACAAUGCUGUAUCUGCCCGUGUUAGCUUAUUUUCUUUGGGCUGAGCUCAGAAAUUGUUUGCACACAUACAUACAGAGUCCUGUUUGUUAGGCAGUUGGUGUGACUCGGUAAUCGCAGACCCAGCAUGCACUGAGUGAAACGUUGGCAGCAGUGUUAAGACAAACAGCCCCCUCCCUUUACAGCAAGUCGACCCCCUGCUGUGGGCUAACAAGCCCGUAGUUACCUCGCUCUCCACACACAUGCGCACCCACGCACACACACAUUCCUGUUUAUUUCAGCUUCUGACAAGCAGCCAUACACAUGAGCAUGUAGACACAUUGUCUCAUUCUUUCACAUCAACAUCCAACUCCAAGGCUACAUGUACAUUUUCACGUUGUCAGACAUCGAAAGAAGGUAGAAAGUAUCUGCCUCCCCUGGAGGGCGACUGAUGGACAGCAGCAUUGUGCUCCCUUGUGGUUUUCAGAACCUCUUAGUGACAGACGAUGAAUAAAUUGGCUUCUGUCAAACUUAUCGGCAAAUUAAAGCUUUAGGGGGAUUGGGGGCUGCAUAAAACAUUAGUUUGCAAAUGUUCACUGUUGGCAUGCAAAGGGACUGGUUAGUCCACCUGCUUUUAAACAAUGAACAAGAUCACUCCCUCCUCUGGGAAAUUUACAAUAAAACAUCUACAUGAUUCACUGCAUAAAGGGCCUCACAAAAAUAUUCACACAGCUUUUUAAUGUUUUGUCACAUUACACCACAAAGUUAACUCUCCACCAGAGUUACUAUUGGUCUCUUGGUUGCUUUUUUGAUAAAUACUUUUUUUGCCCGAUCUGUCAAUUUUGUUGGGUGACCACGGCUUUGGUUUUGCAUUUGCUUCAGCUCUGUGAGAUGUUUCAACCUUUGGAUAUUGUUUAUUAACCCAUCAGCAACCUUAUACCUGACUUGUCUGCUAUGUUCCUUGGUCUUUAUGAUGCAGUUUGUUCUCUAAUGUUCAAAUCUCAGAGGUCUUCACAGCCAGCUGGAUUUAUACUGGGAUUAAACUAAACACAGGUGAACAUUUUUAUAUUUUUUGUUUGUAAAAUUAGAAAACCAUCUAUCCUUUUUCUUGCCCUUCACACUUAUCUUGUGUUGGUCUUUCAUAUAACAUCUAAUAAAAUUCACUGGAGUUUGUGGCUGGAAUGUGAAUAAUUUCAGUGAUUAAAUUACUGUAUUUUGAAUAAGAGAAUUUUCUUAAAAUAUGUUUUAUCUUCAUAGUUUAUUGAUUUCUUCACUGAUUUGCAGUAGCUUGGUACAUUUUAAAGAAGCAUUUUUUCCUGUAGUAAAAAUUAUUAUCAACUGUUUCAAAAGGUAAAAAACAAUCAACUCCUCUAGCUUAUUACUGUGUGUCUGCAGAAAUUAAUGGAAAAACCUCAAACAUUAUGUUUUAUGUAUGUCCCAAACUUUUUAAGAUAAAUACUUUCUUGCGCUUAUUAUGCUCAUUGUGUUUCAUAUUCUGAGUAGAGCGUGGGCUGAGUUUAUCUCCUUUAAUACACUUGAGUGCAGCACUGAUGCGUCCUCAUUGUUGUGUUCCGUUGACCUAAAAAGCUCCAUCAGUUGACCUGUUAGUUCACUGCGAACAAUUCACUUGCCUAACUGCAUUCCUUCAUAAUGUAUCUAUUGUAACCCAUUACCCUCUUCCCAGCCAACCACACACACACAUCGACACACACACUUCUUGUAAAGCGUUUUGCGUAAUGUAAACAAGGACAAAGUGAUUCUAACCCUUCCCUCCAGGGUGAACAUUUUGAGCAAACACCUACAAAAAGAACUCCUGAUUGACUUGAACUCCCUCUCUGUCCCAGCGGGGGGAGUGUCCUCUUUCUCCUCAUAUAAAGAGCAACCCUCCUGUCAGCCGCAGCAGAGCAUGCACGCAGAGACACUGUGAGGCUGACACAAAGGACAGCGACGAAGCAGGCAGGGUCUCCGGAUUGUGCGAAAGUAGCACGUUUCCAGUUGGAUUUAUAUGGACUGAAAAGUGUAACAGACUUUCAGAGAUUUAGCAUGAGUUUAAAAGAGUUUCUGGAUUAACUGGACUUGCUGGCAGAGCGCAAGUAUCCUAUCCGUUUUGUCCUGGACUGAUUGCGCACAGAAGGCAACGAUGGAGGUGCGCAUCCCGGGAUGGUGCUUCCUGAUUGCCUUCAUCCUGCACUCAACGCGCUGCAAGGCGGCCAAGGAGCUCCAGUGCCAGGAGAUAUCCGUCCCUCUUUGCAAAGGCAUCGGCUACAACUACACCUACAUGCCCAACCAGUUCAACCACGACACGCAGGACGAAGCGGGGCUGGAGGUGCACCAGUUCUGGCCGCUGGUGGAGAUCAAGUGUUCCCUGGACCUGCGCUUCUUCCUCUGCAGCAUGUACACGCCGAUCUGCCUGGAGGACUACAAGAAGCCUCUGCCGCCGUGUAGGAGCGUGUGUGAGCGGGCCAAGGCCGGGUGCGAGCCGGUCAUGAGUCAGUACGGCUUCCCGUGGCCGGACCGGAUGAGGUGCGACCUGCUGCCCGAGCAGGGUAACCAGGACCCGCUGUGCAUGGACUACAACCGGAGCCAGACCACGACCGCGUCUCCCGUGCUGGCCAAGCCGACCAACCGGCCGAUAAAGCCUUACAACAAGAGGAAGAGCGGCUACGGCCGAGGCAUCCCCGGCAAACACAAACCCGCCACUUCUCCCUGCGAGAUGGGGUGCUUCUGCCGUGCGCCAAUGGUUCCCGUUACUGCGGAGGGCCACCCGCUGCACAACCGCGUCAAGACUGGACAGAUCACCAACUGCGCCAUGCCAUGCCACAACCCGUACUUCACCCAGGAGGAGAGGACUUUCACUGCGUUCUGGAUCGGCCUGUGGUCUGUCCUCUGCUUCAUCUCAACUUUUGCAACCGUGGCAACUUUCCUCAUAGACAUGGAAAGGUUCAAGUACCCGGAGCGACCCAUCAUCUUCCUCUCCGCCUGCUACAUGUUCGUGUCCGUGGGAUACAUCGUCAGGCUGAUCGCCGGACAUGAGGAAGUGGCGUGCAGCAGGGAGAACGGCGCAGAGCACAUCCACUAUGAGACGACCGGUCCGGCGCUCUGCACCAUCGUUUUCCUGCUCAUUUAUUUCUUCGGCAUGGCUAGCUCCAUCUGGUGGGUGAUUCUGUCCCUCACCUGGUUCCUGGCGGCAGGCAUGAAAUGGGGGAACGAGGCUAUCGCCAGUUACUCCCAGUACUUCCACCUGGCCGCCUGGCUCAUCCCCAGCCUGAAGUCCAUAACUGUGUUGGCACUCAGCUCGGUGGACGGGGACUCUGUGGCUGGGAUCUGCUACGUGGGAAAUCAAAAUCUGGAUAACCUGCGGGGGUUUGUGCUUGCCCCGCUGGUCAUCUACCUUUUCAUCGGCACCAUGUUCCUGCUGGCCGGGUUCGUCUCGCUUUUCCGCAUCAGGAGCGUUAUAAAGCAAGGCGGCACCAAGACUGACAAACUGGAGCGCCUCAUGAUCCGGAUUGGAGUUUUCACGGUUCUAUACACCGUCCCGGCCACAAUCAUAGUGGCGUGUUACUUUUAUGAGCAGCACAACAGGCAGACGUGGGAGAUUACGCAUAACUGUACGUGCGUAACGGACCGCAGUAGGCAGAGACCGGACUAUGCCGUGUUCAUGCUGAAAUACUUCAUGUGCCUCCUGGUGGGGAUCACCUCGGGGGCCUGGAUCUGGUCCGGGAAGACGCUGGAGUCCUGGAGAACUUUCUGUACGCGCUGCUGCUGGGGGAGCAAAGCGUCAGCGAGCUCCAUGUACAGCGAUGUGAGUACCGGACUGACUUGGAGAUCCGGGACGGCCAGCUCCGUCUCCUGCCCCAAACAAAUGCCAUUGUCCCGGGUCUGAACUAGGCGGACUUUCCUGUCCUAAGACUGUGAAAUCAGCUCUUUGGAAUAUUUUUUAAAAAUAAGUUAUUAAGACUGAGACUCCAAGAUUACAGAUUGGCCAUUUUGUGUUUUUAUCAAUUUCGAAGAUGACUUUGAACACAAGCUUCUUUGCCUUAUCCAAAUGACGUCCAUGUGAAGGGGGGAUGGUUGGGAUUGUCCAUCAGGGUGUUGUAAUUAGCACAUUAAUGAGCGCCUAAUGGCUUCACUUUAAAUAAUGAGCCUGUCAGCAGCAGCAGAACAAUGUACCUGCCCUGAAGAAUGCAGAGUCUUAUCUGGCAUUAUUAACUGAGUGCAUAGAGCCAGAGCCGGCCAGAGGCACAAGCAAACUAGGGAGGGGUUCAGCUUUCCGAGGCAACAGUGACAAGAGUGACUGUCUUCUCCUACAGAAUAUAGAUUAUAACCUUCAGACCAGUUGUUACAUUUCCAAAGUAUUAACUUAAUUUUAAAAAUGCUCCUACAGUUUGUAAAGGGUGAAUUUAAAAAGAUUUUAAAAUGCUUUUCAAACAUAACAUUUGAAUUUAUGGAGGUUAGUCGGAGCUAGUUGUCACCAUAUAAGAAAUGCACGACUGGACCAUGGUUGCAUGAGGUCCUAAGCAGAUUGUCCCACUUCAGCACCAUUGACCCGCUUCCGGGGUGUCCCUGUGUGAUAUUUCUUUUUCCCCGUUUCCUUUGCAUUCUGCAUUUAAUACAGCUGUUUUCUAGGUAACCAAUGAGCUGGCAGUUAACUGAAUUGACUUCAUAUUAUUCAUUACAUAAAUAAUUUUUUUAUAAUGUAGUAGCAUAGCAAGUUUAUCAGAUACAAAUCUAAGUUUUGUCACAACAACAGCUUUGCAUCAUUUAUGUCAAAAAGUAAAAUAAGUAACAACAAACCACAGUAUGCUGCUCCGGAAGAACGAAGCCAGCCAGCUGGACGGAUGCAUUUUAAUUUUCACAUUUUCACAAACAGAAAACAAACUCAUUUUCUAAAACUCACCUGUCAGCCAUGAGUGGGUUUUUUUUUGGGUUUUUUUUUUUUCUUGGCAGCAUUUUUUUGUCAGAUGCUGCCAGUUCGGCUCCAUUGUGCCAGCAAAAUGGUUAAAGGUGCAUUUACCAAGCUGCUCAGUAAAAGCUUGAACAUUGAAAUGCUAGAUUUUGGACUUUAAUGGUUUCAAUAGAAGCCACAGUGAAACGUUAUUUCUCUCACUGACUUAUUUUCUCUCUGGCAGUCAUGUCCAUUUAUUUCCAAAUGAUUAAAACAGCUUGAAACUACAACAUUUUUAAUGUAACUUACUAGCUACGUUUUCUUUUGUACAUGUAAUGCUGCCACAUUUGACAACAUGUCCAUUGUUUGCUAUUCCUCAGGCCAGCCCUGGUUACAUGGUAUUCCUGCGGUUCUUCCUACUGUGAAGAACCGCUGUGUCUUAAACAUCCACAAUGAGAGCACCCUGCUUGAAGCGAGGCCAACACUGAGCUGUUUGUCUACAUCAAUGCCUUAAAACUGCCUCAUACGGCUGGCAUCAGCGCGUAUAGAGUGUAUUUAUAUAAUUAUUGCUGUACAUACAUUGUAUAUUUGUAUAUGUAAUUUCACAAGACUGUAAAUAUGUAUAAUUCCCACUUUGAUAGAAAACUUUAUUUUGAAAAUAAAAAGGAUUUUAAUGGA